UUAAAGCGGCCAAAAACCUCUUAUCUGUUCAUUUCUCCAAGUUAUCUACGCUUGAGUAAGAGAUUUGAGAGAUGCAUUCCUCAAUAUGCAUGCCACUUUCACCUUCUUCUCAGUCUUUAUUACUGAAACCAUUCAACAAUCCUCUUCUGGGUACUUUUCCUUCUGCUAAUAAACAACAAUCUUCAUCCCUGAAAAAAGCAGCUUCUUUCACUACCACUGCCCUUCUCUCCACUACCAAAGACUCGGUCUUGAAGGAGUUCCAUCAACGAAGAGCUCUCAAGAUUAUAUCUGGUUUGCAGAAUUUUGAUACAGACAAUGUUGCUUCAGUUGUUACUGCUGCGGACAAGGGAGGAGCAACUCAUGUCGAUAUAGCUUGUGACCCUGAGUUGGUGAAGUUGGCUGUCAGCUUAACUUCUCUUCCUGUUUGUGUUUCUUCCGUGGAUCCUGCACAAUUUUUAGCUGCUGUUGAUGCUGGAGCACUAAUGGUGGAGAUUGGAAAUUAUGAUUCCUUUUAUGAGAAGGGCAGGUAUUGAGAUUAACAAAAAAUACUAAAUCUAACAAAGGAGACUAAGAGGAUUCUUCCAUCUGUGACUCUAUCAGUCACUGUGCCUCACACGCUUAGCCUCCCUGAUCAGGUCAAGCUUGCAGAGUUGCUGGAACAGGAAGGUGUUGACAUCAUCCAAACUGAGGGAGGAAAAUGUUCCAGUCCUUCAAAAUCCGGCGUUCUCGGAUUGAUCGAGAAGGCAUCACCAACACUAGCCGCGGCAUAUUCUAUUUCAAGGGCAGUCAAGAUUCCGGUGAUGUGUGCAUCUGGAAUAAGUGUAGUUACUGCACCAAUGGCCAUUACAGCUGGAGCUGCCGGCGUGGGCGUCGGCUCUGCAAUUAACAAGCUAAAUGAUGUUGUUGCGAUGGUAGCAGAGGUCCGAAGUUUAGCUGAUUCACUAAGCAUGUCAGCUAAUAGAAUAGCUGUGCCUGAGGAAAAAUCUUUCAAACUGUAAAACAUACAAAAAUUUUGAAGCCCCUUUCAACCUUUCUUCUCCACUUCCUGCAUUUGCUAGCUAGUAAUUAAAAAUAAAAGCAAG